UCCUCAGGGUAUUGAAAAUGUCUUUGGCUGACAAGAGGCUUGAGAACCUCCAGAUCUAUAAAGUUCUUCAGUGUGUUCGCCAGAAGGACAAGAAACAGAUUGAAAAGCUCACCAAGCUUGGAUACCCUGAACUCAUCAAUUUCACUGAGCCAGAAAAUGGAGACAGUGCCCUUCACUUGGCCUGUGUGGCCAACGACGUUGACAUGUGCAACUUUCUUUUAGAGCUUGGAGCUCACCCUGAUGUCCAAGAUCGAAUGGGGCGCACUCCCGUGAUGAAAGCAGCAGAACUUGGCCAUGACUUGGCCUUGGAUGUACUAGUCCAGGCUGAGGCAGAUAUGACAAUAGUUGAUGCAGAAGGAAAAGGAGUGCUAUAUUAUUGCAUUCUGCCCACCAAACGGCACUUCCGCUGUGUUCAGAUGGUCCUCGAAUUUGGAGCGGAUGUUAACAACUGUACUUUUGAGGGGAAGCCAGUUUUCGUACAAGCCUGUGAGCAAGCGCAUGAGGUCAAAGAGAUAUGUAUGAAAUUUUUGGAAAGAGGAGCAGACCCCAAUGCAACAAACCCAGCAACAGGCCGCACUGCCCUGAUGGAAGCAGCAAGAGAAGGGGUUUUAGAUGUGGUCCGGGGUAUCCUGGAGAGAGGUGGGAAUGUUAAUGUUUUUGACAACGAGCGACACCAUGCUGCCCAUUUUGCUGCCAAAGGAGGUUUUUUUGAGAUCUUGAAGAUUAUUUCUGCUUACAAUGGAGACGUGGGCCUUAUAGCCAUGAAUGGAAAUACACCACUUCAUUAUGCUGCUGCUGGGGGGUUUGCAGAGUGCUGCAAGUUUAUUGGUCAAAGAGGCUGUGAUCCUACUUGGAGAAACUUAGAGAAGAAGGUACCAAGACAGGUCGCUAAAGAUGGUGGGUUUAAAGCAGCAGCAAAGGAGAUACGUAAAAUUGAGCGGCGAUUUGCCAAAUUUGCCAAACCUAAACCUGGAGUAAAGGACCCCAAUCCAUCCUGGGCUGUCAGGUUGCACGAUUGGUCUGGAGAACAUCAGGCAAUGCUUCGUGAAAUAUUUGAGACAUAUGAUCGAGGUGAUGGGACUGUGAGCAAGGAAGAUUUUGUAUCCGUUAUUGAGGAGAGGUAUCCAUUUAUUGAGCUAGAGCAAAUACAAACAAUAGCUCAGGCUCAUGAGAAAACACGUGCUGGAGGAGUUAACAUUGAAGAAUUUCUGAAGGGCAACCGGUACUUGCAGAAGGCCUUCCUCCUUGGAACUUAUGGUCCAAAGAAGAAGAAGCCCAAGAAAGCAAAAGGCAAAAAAGGAAAAUUUACCAUGCCAAUGCCAAUCUGUAUUAUUCCAGAGAGCUCUCGCUCUCGUCGUACAGACGGGGGUCCACCAGAAUAUAUGAUUGAAACUUACCAGAAUGUGACUGACUGCAAUCGAUUCAAUCGGGACCACCCUCCAGAACAUCCAAUACAGGAUGAUUCCUGGUGGUAUGUUGAUGACCCACCGAGGACCUAUGCCAACAUCAACUAUCUUGCCAAAGAGGGGGACCUUUCAUCUAUAAAAAAAGCACUGGAGGCAGGGGUGCCGGUAGACAUCAGAGACCAUUUCUAUAAAACUCCACUGAUGGCUGCCUGUGCAAGUGGCAACAUUGAAACAGUACAGUUCCUUCUCGAAAAGGGGGCGAGUGUGAAUGCCACAGACAAUUUCAUGUGGACUCCUCUCCAUCAUGCAUGCCAUGCAGGGCAGCAGGACAUUGCUGAACUCCUUGUAAAAUCUGGUGCAGGACUAGAUGCUGUUUCAAUCAAUGAUGGAACUCCAUUGAUGAGAGGUAUUGAAAGCAGCCGUUUGGACACUGUGCAGUAUUUAAUCAACAGUGGUGCUAAGGCACAGAUGGCAAACCGAAGAGGACAAAAUGCACUGGAAAUUGCCAGGGCCUAUGCAGACAACCGGCUGAUCCACUUCAUUCAAGACACCCUGGAUCGCUUGCCACCAGCACCGGAAAGCAAAGGGGAUAAGCAGAAAGGGAAAAAGGGGGGCAAGCCUAAAGCCCCUACACCUGCUCCUGCUCCAGCAGGACCUCCAGCUCAGGCUCCAGCUGCUCCCAAGGCAAAGUCUGAAGAUCAGUCAAAGGAGUCUGUGAAAGAGGAGAUGGUACAAACCCCUGACUCUGUUAUUGAGAAAUCACUCUUUGAGGAGAAGAAGGGAUUCCUCAAAGAUAAUGUUGUUCAUUUGAAUUCCCUGAUAACCAGAGGAGCUACAAGGAAACUUAAUAUCACUUUCACACCACAGAGAACUUGGAGUCCUGAAGCAACAACAAAAGAUCUUCUCAAAAAGAGGGAGUUGCGUCGGCAGCGUUUUACUUAUGAGGUGGACUUUGAUGAUUUCAUGAUGCCAUUUAAGAAGAAUCUCAUGGAGAAAGUCCGCACACUGCAACAGAGCGCUGCCUUGCAGUAAUCACAGUGUGAUUUCUGCAUGGAUGUUCAGAAAGUGGGGGACCCCACUCUCGGGAAAAAUGCUUUUGAGAGGCCUAAAUCAUGUUUUUUCUAAUUAUGAUAAAAGUUUUAUUUCUUUCUUAGUUUGGGCACAGUGCAUCUUAAACCAGAGAAGUUUUUGUGCCUUGCCUAAAAGUUGGAAAAUAAUCCAUCUUUUCCUGCUAUAUGCUGCGCAGAAACCUAUCGGAUUGGGGUUGCAUAUAAGCCCCAAUAAAUAAUGAAUUGGCCUCUCCCGUUUAAUCAGAUCUUAUCCAUCCCAUUGCUUAGAAAAGAGAUUCUAUCCUGCUGUGGAAACUUGAAGCUAAUUAUUUCUUGGUGCUAUACAUCUGAGUGGUACUGAGUAAGGUGUCUGAUAGUUUAAAUGUAGGGCAUCUGAAGGAUUUGUGCAAAUCCACUGAAUUUUCUCCUGAGAUUCAUGCCCUGAAAGAAUGCAGUAUAGGUCUUUGUUCUGUAAAGGUACAUUUAGGGCAGGAAGGUGCUUAGUUUAACAAUGCAGGACAGAGAUUAAGACUUCAUGGUUGUGGUUUUGACCAUGCCCCUGCUCCAGAUAGUUGUAAAAAAAAUAAAAAUAAAGGAGAAGAUGUUACA